CUGGUGGCCACGUACCUUUUCGUGAACAACAGUCCAUACCUGACAAUUGUUCGCAUGAUCCGCGUCGUUCGGUUUGCUCGUAUCAUCAGAGUCGUACGCUUCCUCCGGCAGCUGCGCGUCAUGGUGUAUACGCUGCUGGGAACCCUGCCGUCGCUCUUCUGGAGCGCGGUGCUAAUGGGCAUCAUUUUAUACCUUUUCGCCACCAUGCUGACCCAAGCGGUUCUGGAACAUUUGAUGCUGCAGCCGAAUGCGCUGAAUAGC